AUGACAGGAAUUCUGAGUGUCACGAAGUCGGUCCUUGGGGACAACCCAGCCAUGCUGAAGUUUGCGGCCUGGUUCAUUGUGUGGAUGAUGUCCAGCAUAAUUUGCUUGCCGGCAUCCAUUCCCAGCUUCUUCUCCUUCCGGAUGAAGCUUCAGAGUCACAAGUUGAUGUUGGACCAAAUAGCCAGUUUUGACGUGCGUGCGGCGGAAUGUACCUUGCCUGCGGAUCGAGAGGCCAUUGAAGAGCAAGUGAAAGAGCUUUUCUGCAACAACGAGAUCCUCGCAGAAAAUCACCCUGCAGAUCUUGUGGACUACGGAGAGGUGCGCCUUCAAAGGUUUGCCCAGCCAGACAUGGGCUACGGUGAUCCUCUGGAUAGAUUCAACGAGUACAUUCGUGGAACUCUGGGUGCGUUGGUCAUGGAUGAGAUCGGUGAUGAGCUCUAUGUAUCGUGGCAGACCUGCCUAGCAGCUUUCCUGCCCAUGAUUUUCUACAGCUCAGUGAACAUCCUGGGGUGUGACAACGGACCAUGCAGUGAAUCUGCACGCUUGGAGGGGUACAGCUCUGUUGGUCAGUACAUGGCAGUGCAAACUGUCGGAUGGACGCUUUGUAUACUCAUUGCGUUUCCACUGACCUACCCAACGCUCCUUCGCAUGAUCAAAUUCGUAUUGUCCUAUGGUGAUGGCGCCCUGCCCAUGUCUGCUGCCUUCCUUUGCUGCCCGCUUGCGUACAU